AUGGCACCAUUACCAUUGAGAUCCGCACUGCAUGGCUACACCGUUGUCGUCAAGGAUAACAUCAAUACCCAAAGUCUACCUACCACAUGCGCUUCGGAUAUUCUACGUGAAUUUCAAGCCCCUCGCGAUGCAACGGUCAGCCAACUGCUCGAGCAGGCAGGCUUGGUAGUCCUGGCAAAAACCAACAUGGAUGAAUUUGGCAUGGGCUCUCACUCGAGGAACUCUGCAUUUGGCCCUGUUACCAAUGGUGGUUCUGUCCGCGGAAAAGCAGAUGCAGAUGCACUUUCAGUUGGUGGCAGCUCCGGCGGAAGUGCUUUGGCUGUCGCCGCGAAACUGGCACAUAUUGGCAUCGGCACAGACACAGGAGGCUCAGUGAGGCUACCUGCAGCCUAUAUGGGGCUUUGUGGGUUCAAACCCUCGUAUGGGCGCAUAUCUCGUAAUGGCGUCAUUCCAUAUGCCAAUUCACUCGACACCGUUGGCAUCAUUACGCGAACGGCAGACGAAGCCCGGCGGACAUUUGAUAUCCUUGACCGACCCGACAACAAAGACCCAACCUGUCUGACCAGAGAUUCACGUAAACGAAUCAUGCAUUCCAAGUCAGAACGGAGGAUUAGCGCUACAGGCAGUGCCGUUGUGUAUAACACCUAUGAUACUAAAAAUGGGAAGCCUGAGGAGCUCACCCUGGGUGCAACAAAAGAACGCUCACGAAUUUAUGCGCACCAACGGAACAGCAACCGGAGGCGACGUAUCGGGGUACCACUGGAAUAUAACAUAGCAGAAAUGCACCCUUUGGUUCGCUGGUCUUGGGUAGCAACUCUGAGUUACCUACAAUCCCAGGACUGUGAGAUCGUCCCGAUAUCCUUACCAUCGACGAAGCAUGCUCUAUCAGCAUACUACAUUUUAGCACCCGCUGAAGCUUCAUCCAAUUUAGCCAAAUAUGAUGGUGUUCGUUAUGGGGAGAAGCGAUCGCACGAUACGGAUGAUGGUGAUGGGCAGCUCUAUGCCCAACAUCGUUUCAAGAAUUUCGGUCCAGAAGUCCAGAGGCGAAUUCUUCUGGGUACCUAUAGUCUCAGCGCAGGUGCAAUGGAUAACUAUUUCAUCCAAGCUCAGAAGAUCCGUCGAAUGGUCCAGAAGGAUUUUGAUUCGGUGUUCCGGAUGCCAAAUCCUUUACAGAGUGAUGCCCAUGUGGUAGAAAAUGGGGUCGAUCUGAUCAUUUGUCCUACGGCACCAACACCUCCUCCCCAUAUCGAUUAUCUGGAGUCGACCACCCCUAUUGAGUCUUACAUGAAUGAUGUCUUCACCGUCCCGGCGAGUUUGGCAGGUCUACCGGCAAUUUCAGUCCGAGCUCCAGAACACCCAGACCACCCAUGGACACCUGAGAUAUCUAUAGGUAUGCAGGCGAUUGGCCAAUACGGUGACGACUAUUCGGUCUUGUAUUUCGCUCAGAAUGUACUUGAGCGUUUCCAUCAUCGACAGAAGGCACGUAACGUGCAAUUCAAAAAACGGAUGAGAGUCUAG